AUGGCUUCUUCUUCUUCUAGUUCGCAUCGCACCUGGAGAUACCGCGUCUUUGCGAGCUUCCAUGGACCAGACGUCCGCAAAACCUUUCUCAGUCAUUUACGCAAACAGUUCUGCUGCAAUGGGAUUUCGAUGUUCGAUGAUCAAGGGAUCGAGAGAAGCUACACCAUCGCACCUGCUCUCAAACAAGCGAUUUCGGAAUCGAGGAUCUCGAUCGUCGUGCUCUCGAAGAGCUACGCUUCGUCGAGCUGGUGCUUGGAUGAGCUGUUGGGGAUUUUGAAGUGCAAGGAAGAGAUUGGGCAAAUAGUGAUGACUGUCUUCUACGGUGUAGAUCCGUCUGAUGUACGGAAACAAACCGGAGAAUUUGGGAAAGUUUUCAAGGAAACUUGUCGUCGUAAAACGGAGGAAGAGAGGCGAAGAUGGAGCCAAGCUUUGACCGAUGUGGGCAACAUAGCCGGAGAACACUUCCUUAACUGGGACAAUGAAUCGAAGAUGAUUGAGAAGAUCUCUAGAGAUGUUUCAAACAAACUAAACGCUACAAUCUCUAAGGAUUUUGAAGACAUGGUUGGACUCGAAGCACACUUGGAAAAAAUGCAGUCUUUGUUACAUUUAGAUGAUGAGGAUGAAGCUAUGAUAGUUGGAAUCUGUGGCCCUGCAGGGAUUGGUAAGACUACAAUUCUCGAGCUUUACAUUGCCGGCUCUCUAGUAGUUUUCAGCAUACUUGUUUUAUGGAGAAUCUUAAGGGAAGAUACAAUAGCGGUCUUGACGAGUGCGAUACAAGAAAGGUUAUGCGAUCUGAAAGUUCUUAUAGUUCUUGAUGAUGUGGUAGACCUGAAGCAACUAGAGGCUUUGGCUGAUGAAACAAGUUGGUUUGGUCUUGGAAGUAGGAUUAUUGUAACCACAGAAGAUCAAGAGCUUUUGGAGCAACAUGGUAUCAACAAUACAUACCAUGUGGAUUUUCCAAAUGAAGAAGAAGCUCGCAAGAUCUGUUGUAGAUAUGCUUUUAGACAGAGCUCUGCACCAAAUGGUUUUGAGAAGCUUGUGGAAAGAGUGACAGUGCUCUGCAGCAACCUUCCGUUGGGUCUCAGCGUCAUGGGCUCAUCUUUACGCAGAAAGUCAGAAGAUGACUGGGAAAGUAUAUUGCGUAGGCUGGAAAACAGCCUUGAUGGAAAGAUCGAUGGAGUACUUAGAGUCGGAUACGAAAAUCUACACAAAGAUGAUCAGUUCCUGUUUCUUCUCAUUGCAUGCUUCUUAAACUACCAAGACGAUGAUCGCGUGAAUUCAAUGCUCGGUGAUAGUAACUUGGAUGUCAGACUCGGGUUGAAAACCCUCGCCUAUAAAUCUCUCAUACAAAUAUCCGCAGAAGGAACUAUAUCCAUGCAUAAGUUACUACAACAAGUGGCUAGAGAAGCUGUUCAAAUACAAGAGCCUUCUAAACGCCAAAUCCUAAUUGAUAUUGAUGGGAUCCGUGAUGCCCUGGAAACUGAUUCGGUUAGUACAAAUUUGAUUGGCAUCUCUUUGGAUGUAUCAACAAUCCCAAACGUUGUAUCUAUAAGGGCAGGAGCUUUGAAAAGAAUGCUUGAUCUUCGGUUUCUCAGCGUCUACGAGACAAGACGUGACGUAAAUGUUAGAGUGCAUGUACCCGAGGACAUGGACUUCCCACCUCGUCUAAGGUUAUUACGUUGGGAGGUAUACCCUGGAAAGUGUCUUCCUUUCACAUUUACGCCAGAACAUCUUGUGGAGCUCAAUUUGGUAAAUAGCAAGCUCGAGAAGCUUUGGCAAGGAACUCAGCCCCUUACAAAUCUCAAGAAGAUGGAUUUGUCUGGAUCUAUGCGUCUGAAGGAGGUCCCUGAUCUUUCAAAUGCUACGAAUCUCAAGAAACUGAAUCUAACUGGUUGUUGGGGUUUGGUGGAGAUCCCUUCCUCUGUUGGAGAUCUUCAUAAGCUAGAGGAGUUGGAGAUGAAUAUGUGUAUAAGCCUACAAGUUGUUCCUGCUAACCUCAACCUGGCAUCUCUUAAAUCAGUCAAGAUGGUAGGAUGCUGGCAAAUGAGGAAAAUCCCAGAUAUUUCCACCAACAUCGAUUCACUAGUAAUCGGAGACACAAUGUUAGAAGAGUUUCCUGAAUCAAUCACGCUUUGGCCUCGCCUUCAGAGUCUCAACAUAUACGGCAGUCUCAUCUCAGCUCCGUUUUUGGCAGGUUUGAAUCAGUCACAUAUCUCUCUCUCUACAAUUGAGAGGAUACCAGAUUGCAUCAAAGAUCUUGAUGGGUUAAAGUUUCUUUACAUAGCUAAAUGUCCAAAACUUGCUUCACUCCCUGAGCUUCCUCGCUCGCUCAGAAAGCUAACAGUAGAGAAUUGUGAGUCGCUUGAGACGGUGUGUUUUCCUUGCGAUACUGUAACUCACUUCCUCUACUUCCCCAACUGCUUCAAACUGGGACCAGAAGCGAGGAGAGUCAUCAUCAAGCAAUCGUUUAGAGCGUACUUACCUGGAAGAGAGAUACCUGAAGAGUUUAACCAUCGAGCUAUAGGGAGUUGUAUGACCAUCCGUCCAUCUAUAUGCAAGUUUAAGAUUUGUCUCGUGCUUUCUCCUAAACCGGAUAUGGAAGAAGCUCAUUUCAGAGUACUGUUUCACAUACGUGGGAAAGGUUGCACCAGUGACGAAUUCAUGCUCGAGUUAAUUCUGCCUAAAAUCCGAGAUGAGCAUCUUUGUGUAUUUUUCGCUGAGUUUGUUGAACAGCACGAAGAGGUGUUGUUCAAAUUCAGUACCCCAUCAUCCCACGAAGUCGAUGUUAGUGAAUGUGGUGUCCAGGUUUUGACGGAUGACGAAACCAACACAAGCAUAAGGAGCUGUGAUGAAUCUUGUACAGAACAAGUGUCUGGAGACGGCCAUGAUGAAAGUCUCUCUGAUAAGAGCAAUGAGUUUGGUGAAAACAGAGUAAAGGUCUUUAAAGGUUAUACUCUGUUUCUUGCUUUAGUUUUUACUUUCAUUUUGAGUUCGAUUUCAAGUGUUCUGUUGUAUAGCUUUGGAAGACAGAUUAAGACUUGA